AUGGCCAGGCUCGUCAGGUGUCCAGAGCAGCUUGAUUGGUUUGCGUAUGCAAGAAUACAGGGCGCAUUCCCCGGCGGCCACUUCCCCGGCGACCGCCCAGCCGCCCCCUCCCUCCCCUCCGCCGCGGCCUCGACCCCGGGCGGUGACGGCGUGGACCGCAUCAGCGCCCUCCCGGACGUCCUCCUCCGCGACGUCGUCUCCCGCCUCCCCGUCCGCGACGGAGCGCGGACCGCCGCGCUCGCCUCCCGCUGGCGCGGCCUCUGGCGCACCGCCCCGCUCGUCCUCGGCGACAACGACCUCCUCCUGGCAUCCGACGGCGCGCGCGCGCGCCCCGACGCUGCAGUCGGCCGGAUCCUCGCUGACCACCCGAGCCCCUUCCGCAGCGUCCACAUCGCCCACUGCUCUCUUACGUCCGGUGAGCGUGAGCUAGGCGAUUGGGCGCGCCUCCUCGCUGCCAAGGGCGUCCAGGACCUCGUCUUCCUCGACAAUCCACCCUUGCCGCGCCGCGCCGCCGCCAUCACCCGAUGCGCCUCGCUCCGCCGGCUCCCGGCCGACAUCCUCCGUUGCGCCUCGCUCCACCGGCUCUUUCUUGGAACCUGCGCGUUCCCGGAUACCGCCGUUCAGCAUGCUGAGCGGCAACAUGAGUGA